AGACAGCGUAGGAACACAGUGCUCGGAACAUACCGCCUCCUGUUGCUGCAACUCACUGUGGGAUCUGCAGUCGACCUUUCGGGUUACACACAUGAACGCAGAAAGCUCGCCGGCGCGUCUCCCCGCUAUGCGCGACCAGGAGGACGGUCCGCGGAGUUUAUCAGCACUGCGCCCCCGGCUCUGAGUCUGGAGCUGCUGGACAAACCCCGGGCUCGUCUUUGCGGGGGGAAAAUUUAUUUUUCUCUCUCUUUUAUUUUUAUUUAUUUAUUUUUUUGACCCAACUUGCCGGAGAAUCCGCUGUGAACGAAGGGAGGAAGAAAGGAGGUGGUUUGUUUCGUCGCUGUCUUCUGAGAAAGUGUGAAACAAGUGAAGACAGAGAGCAACAGAUGUUAGCGGUGAACAUGCAGCCGGCGGAGGAAUGAAAGCGGCAGCGAGGCACCGGCGGCCCUUCCAGCGGUUCUGCUGCUGUGGAAUCGGGCUGCUCGCCGUCAUUUGGCUCGCGCAGGUCAUCCAGGCUCCAGAGACAAAGUCCUCUGGGCUUCAGCCAGGCGUGAACGGUGAGCUGCUGCGAUGGACACGCAGGUUGAUGCAGGAGAAGUUAGACAACCAGAGCUUGGAUGAGCCCCGAGCAGCUAUCCAUGAGUUUCCUGAGGACAUCUUUACGAAGGAGCAGAGGAAGAAUGGGGCUGUGCUUCUCCAUGCUCUCUGCGCAAUCUACAUGUUCUACGCUUUGGCCAUCGUCUGUGAUGACUACUUCGUCCCUUCUCUGGAGAAAAUAUCUGAGAACCUGCAUCUCAGUGAGGAUGUGGCUGGGGCAACAUUUAUGGCUGCCGGAAGCUCCGCCCCCGAGCUUUUCACCUCUCUGAUUGGUGUUUUCAUCACCAAAGGCGACCUUGGAGUCGGCACAAUCGUGGGUUCAGCUGUUUUCAACAUCCUGGUCAUCAUCGGGUUGAGUGGGAUCUUUGCAGGCCAGGAAGUGGUUCUGACUUGGUGGCCACUUUUUAGAGAUUCCUGUUACUACAUCUUGUCUGUCCUGGCGCUUAUAAUGGUUAUCUACGAUGAGAGAGUUGUCUGGUGGGAGUCGCUGAUCCUCAUGACCAUGUAUGGCAUCUACAUUGUGAUCAUGAAGUUCAACUCCCAGAUUUCAGUGUUUGUGAUGUGCCGGUUGAGGAACAGCAGACCGUGCUGCCGCUCCUCGGAGGGGAACCCAGAGAACAAGGCGGGAGACGAGGCCUCAGCUUGCAACACCUCCAUGGUUCUUCUCAAUAAAGGUCAAGGUCAGGAGUCUCAGCCCGUCCUCAUGGUGGACGAGCUGCUCAUACUCAACCCCCACAAGCUGUCCUUCUCAGAGGCCGGUUUGCGUAUCAUGAUCACCCCCCACUUCUCCCCCCGCACCAGGCUCUCCAUGGCAGGACGGAUGCUUAUCAGCGAGAGACAGAGACUGAUCAGGAGUUCCAAAUACCAGCGAGACGGUGAGGCCGCCGCCGGGUCGAGGAAGGGGUCGCCCAGCAACAACCUGAAGAGGACGGGCUCCUGCAGUCUUGAAAAUGGAGGUGGGACGCCGGGGAUAGGAGACACAGAGGCAGGAGAGAAGCUAGGAGGUGAGGAGUGCAGGCCAGAGGAGGAAGACGACGACGAAGACAACAUUUUUAAUCCUGUGCGCAUGCCAGGCAGUUGCUGUGCGCGGGUGAAGUGGUUCAUCACCUGGCCUCUGGGCCUCCUGCUCUACUGUACUGUGCCUAACUGUUUGCUGCCACGCUGGCACCGCUGGUUCAUGGUCACCUUCGUGGCCUCCACCCUGUGGAUCGCUGUCUUCUCCUACCUCAUGGUGUGGAUGGUCACCAUCAUCAGCUAUACACUAGACAUCCCUGACUACAUCAUGGGCAUAACCUUCCUGGCAGCAGGAACCAGCGUACCUGACUGCAUGGCAAGCUUGAUUGUAGCUCGACAAGGCAUGGGGGACAUGGCCGUGUCCAACUCCAUAGGAAGUAACAUCUUUGACAUCCUUCUGGGUUUGGGCUUCCCCUGGGCUUUACGUACCCUGUUGGUGGACCAUGGAUCUGUAGUGUUCAUAAAUAAUAAAGGUCUUGUAUAUUCCGUCGUCCUGCUGCUGGCAUCAGUGUUUCUGACUGUAAUGAGCGUUCAUCUAAACCAUUGGAGGCUGGACCGCCGGCUGGGUCUGGGUCUGUUGUUCCUCUAUGCCAUCUUCCUUCUCUGCUCCAUCCUUUUCGGACAGAUGUAAGACCCGACUGACAUGUGCGUCCCGCCCUCCCCCUGCUAGACCUGCUAGACCACACAUACGCUUAUCUGAAGCCAAAAAACAGCAGGAGUGAAAGUGGUGUGGUUUUCCUCGUGAUUAUUUAUGUACACCUGUGUAGGAAUCACUAUGGAAACGUACAAUUUCACAAAUACACAGUUUGUUUUGUUCUUUUGUACAGUACAGUGUUUCAUACCAGUCUUUAACUAUUCCAGACAUUGAAGAUCAAGCAGCAAUAUUGUUAGACCUUUAUCAGUUUUAAUUUAAAGCUUUUUGUUGUAAAGAAAGGAAAAAUGUAUUUAUCAGAAAUAAUUAAUUUGAAAUGUAAUAGUUUUGUUGACACUUUUUUUUUUUUUAAACAAAUUUUUAUUUUUUUAGUUGGGUUUUAUCAGAUUCCCAGUUUUGGAAUCCAUAAAAUCUCCAUGACUGUUCUGCUAAUCUAUUAAUUUAUAAUAUUUGUGAAGCUAAUCUAAUUAAUUCAAGCAUCAAUGUUACCACAAGCUAAAAUAAUAUCAGGCCAAUUGGUGCUAGUUUCACUGCUUCAAAUUCAUCACUAAAAAGCACAGAAAUGCUCCAGGCUUUAGGAGGAACACGUAAGGUGGAAACUGUUUACAUGUUUCAUAAGCCGAAAGCGUUAGUCUGAAGGAAAGGGAGUCCCUGUACUUCAACUAUUGCUGAAGUUUUCACCUUACCGGUUCAUUUUCCUCUUCAUGGCCAUAGGAAGUUGGUGAAGUUGUGCCAGAAAUGUAGGAUCUCUUUAGGAGAAACAUGACUUUCUUCCUUAACCUGAGACAAAAAGAAAAGGUCGCUGCUGUGCUGUGUUUGGGACUACUUUGUUUUUAAUAGGGGUGCACCGAUCUGAAAACCUGGGCCAAGAUCCAUAUCUGAUAUUAAUAUUCCCUGCCUGGAACAAAAGCUACAUGGAAAUUAAUGUUGUCUGGCAAUAUCAGCCUGGUUUUAUUUUUCCCACCGAUACCAAUAUACUUCAAAUUACGUAAGAGGAUUAGGGCCACUGAAAAAAAAAAAAAAA